GCAGCAGAGGCGACGCUCCCAUGGAGGGGGCUGAGGCGGAAGCGCGAGAGUGGGACGAUGUGGCCCGGGACUUGCUGGCUCUGGGGUAUGGGGGUUUCCCGGGGGCGGCGUCGCGGGGCACCUCGUGCCCAGACUUCAGGGCGCUGUGCGCCCGGCUGGCGGCAGAGCUGGCGACUCUGGGAGACCUGGAGCAGCAGCGAGAGGAGGGCGCCGAGGUGCUGAGCGCCGGCGACGGCCCCAGUGCGGAGGAGGAAUUCCUGCGACAAGUGGCCAACCUGCUGCGGGAGUGGCACUGCCCGGAUCGUACGCUCUGCGGCGGAGACUGCGUGACCGCGCUGCGGAAGCCUGGCACGGGCUUGCGCCUGCUGCGCUUUCUCUGCUCGGAGGUCCAGGCUGCUCGCCUCCUGCACCUGCACCCCUCGCUAGAUCCCAGCCCUGUGCUGCCUUUUAGGGAGGGGGCAGAGGAGGAAGCUGGCAUGGUCCAGGAACUAGUCCUUACCCUCCAAGCCGUGGGGCUGCCCAGCCCCACGCGGGGGACCCCCGCCAGCCAGCUACUGUGGGAGUUGCAUACCAAGAUCUCAGAGCUGCUGCCUUCCCUGCCCCCAGGGUUCAUGCAGCCCCUCCUCACCUACCCGCUGGAUGCACCUAGAUGGGAAGCGUUGGAGUCUUUGUCCCAAAGCCUGAGAGAUCAGUACUGCUGCCGCCGCUGCCUCCUUCUCAAGCGCCUCGACCUCACAACAUCUGCUUUCCACUGGAGUGAUCGGGCAGAGGCCCAAGGAGAGGCCAUGAAGGCAGUGCUGAUCCCAGUCCGAGAGGUUCUGACCCCAGAAUCAGACGUCUCCAUUGCACAUGUCCUGGCUGCCCGAGCUGACCUGUCUUGUCUGAUCCCAGCUACCAGCAAGGCUGUCCGCCGAGGGACCUGUUGUGCUAUCAACAAGGUGCUUAUGGGCAAUGUGCCAGACCGGGGGGGGCGCCCAAAUGAGCUGGAGGCUCCCAUGCCCAGCUGGCAGAGCCGAAGAGAAGAUGGAGGUGGGCGGAAAGCAGGCCGCCAGUGCUGGGGCCACAAGAAGAAGAAGAAGAAGUAAAGGUGGACUGGUGGUCAGGGGCUUCUUUAUGAGAUGCUGAUGCCAUUGGUAAUCUUUGGUGAGUCAGGUUGAGGGUUUCCUUUGGCACCUGGCACACAAGCCCCCCCAUCCCCUGUUUCUGAGGCCCCAAAUGUCCUACCCCCAUCCACCACUCAACACCAAGAACCAUGUUCUCUGGAAAAUAAAUUUAUUUAUUUAUUGA